AUGACUGCACCGUUAUCUGUUUCGCCUAGCGCCCCAGUAUCUCCUUCUGAUGCUGUGCUCUUACCUACUGCCGUCAUUCUGGUAAAAAAUCGUGCUGGAACCUUCGUGCCUUGCAGGGCGCUCUUAGAUUCUGGCUCCCAGUUACACUUUGUCACAACUCGCCUCGCAAACCAAUUGCAGCUUGUAAAAACAAAAUCUUCUGCUACAGUAUCUGGCAUUGGAGAUGCCAAUUUCUCAACGGAGGAAUAUAGUACAUUCAUAAAGGAAUAUCUGGACCUUAAUCACAAGUCGCUAGUCACCAACGAGGUUUUUCAACAAUGCAAGUAUUUUCUGCCGCAUCAUUGCAACAUCAAGGAUCACAGUAGCACAACAAAGCUGAGAGUGGUAUUUGAUGGCUCUGCAUCCACUACUUCGGGCUUUUCGCUGAACGACCUACUCAUGGCAGGCCCAACUAUUCAGCCGAAACUUUUUAAUAUUCUUAUUAGGUUUCGCACUUUUCACAUAGCACUUACUGGGGACAUCUGUAAGAUGUAUAGGUGUGUUCGCGUCACCCCACCGGAUAACAUGUUCCAAUGCAUAUUGUGGCGUGAGUCUCCUCAAGAAAACUUUCGCAUCUAUAAGCUAGACACGCUGACUUAUGGAACUAAGCCUGCCUCAUUUCUGGCCCUACGAGCCAUGCACCAACUCGCAGCUGACGAAUCCUCGACUUAUCCUAUUGGUGUAGAAACAGUGCGUCGAGACUUCUACGUAGAUGACUUGAUAUCUGGAGGCGAUUCGAUGGAAGAGGUACAGAAUAUCAAACCGCAAACAACUAGCCUCCUUGCUCGAGGAAACUUUAAGUUACGCAAGUGGUGCUAUAAUAGUCCAGAUAUCCUUCGUGAUAUUCCUGACAUAGACAAGGAAAGUUUCCUUAAGUUUGACGAUGGUAGUGACAUCACCAAAGCUCUGGGACUAGUUUGGGAUCCGGUCAAGGACAAGCUGCUAUUUUUGUUUGUGCCACAACGAGAACUCGGUAAAAACUCAAAACGCUCUGCCUUGUCUACUCUAGCUCGCUGUUACGAUCCCCUUGGACUAAUGGGCCCUACGCUGACCAAGGCGAAAAUUCUUCUGCAACACAUGUGGAGAGACAAGCCUGAGUGGGAUGAGAGUCUACCGCAAUCGUUAAACACCGCCUGGUCUGCCUUUUGCAACGGGUUUGCAGACAUACAGCAUCUAUCAUUUCCUCGUUACGCCUUGCAACCUGGGACCAUUACAGAAAUUCAUGCAUUUUGUGAUGCAAGCCUUGAAGCUUAUAGGGCUUGCGUUUAUACGCGUUCAGCCAAGGAUAGCAAGGUACAAGUGCACCUGUUGUGUUCGAAGGCUCGAGUCGCUCCACUGAAGACUAUUACCGUGCCAAAGCUGGAACUCUGUGCCGCAACACUGCUUGCACAACUCUUGGAUUCCUCCACUGUCCUCUCGUGGGUGCGAGAAGAACCAUCAAAAUUUAACGUGUUCGUCGCUAACCGAAUUUCCACCAUACAUCAAUUAACGGAGGGCAUGCGGUGGCACUAUGUUCCGACAGAAAUGAAUCCGGCUGGCAUUUUAUCCAAAGGAGCUACCCCCCAGGAACUUCUAGGAUCUUCACUUUGGAUGCACGGCCCGUCAUUUUUGCGUGCAGUGGAGGCCAGUUGGCCGCGCAUGUGUCUGUCACAACCAAAACUUCCAGAACUUCGACAAAAGGUGUUGCUUGCCGCACAUGACCGCAAUGACAUUUCGCUUUCUUAA